CAGAAGUGAGUUUGGUCCCCAGCAGAGAGAGCUCUUGAUUUUUUUUUUUCCGUGUAGAGGCGGAGACCACAGAGUGAGCGAAGAAGCGGCGGAGGAGAGCCGUCAGACAGAAGCGCCGUGUCAACCCUCCGCGAACCGAGCGCUGUUACCUGGCCUGGCCAUGGAAGAACAGGCAGGGCCCGGAGUCUUUUUUAACAACAACAAUAACUCGGUGCUGCCCGGCGGUGGGAAGGGACCCCAGCCCGAGGGAGGCGGAGGGGAGGCGGCCCGGGCGCAGUACAGUAUCCCGGGGAUCUUGCACUUCCUGCAGCACGAAUGGGCCCGAUUCGAGGUGGAGAGAGCCCAGUGGGAGGUGGAGCGGGCCGAGUUACAGGCGCAGAUCGCUUUCCUGCAAGGCGAGAGGAAGGGCCAGGAGAACCUGAAGAAGGACCUCGUGCGGAGGAUCAAGAUGCUGGAAUACGCGCUGAAGCAAGAGAGAGCAAAAUACCAUAAAUUAAAGUAUGGGACAGAGUUAAAUCAAGGAGACAUGAAACCCCCAAGCUAUGACUCUGAUGAGGGAAAUGAAAAGGACAAUGAGGUCCAAGCCCCCUUGAACAACCAGAUCUCCUGGAAACAGGGGCGACAGCUCCUACGACAGUACCUGCAGGAGGUGGGCUACACAGACACCAUUUUGGAUGUGAAGUCUCAGAGGGUAAAAGCUUUGCUAGGCCUGGCCGGGGAUGCAGGAGAGAAACCACCGGAGAAGAACCCAGAGCCCAUGGUGAACGGUACUGAGCCCUCCUUGAAGGGCAGCAUCAUGACUGGGAAACCUGAUUUGAGUGACUCAGCCUCAGUGUUGGAAGCCUUUAAAUUCAUUGAAAGUGCUGCUGCAGAGUUCAGUGACGAAGAUGAAGAUGAUGACAGUGACGGGAAAGACAAGACAAUUAUCGAUUCUUCGACGAUUGUAAGGAAGAAGGUAUCGGCCUCCCCAUCGUCCUCCUCUGACAUCAGUGAUGACCUGGACACAGAGGAGGCCCUGAAGGGCUUCGACUUCCUGGGGGGCUCUGAUGACGUGGACAACUCUGUGGAGUCCAGGAGCGCGGGAGACGGCACCGACUGGGAGAAGGACGAGCAGUGUCCCAUGCCAGAAGCCUGGGAUGUGGACCAGGGCUUGAUAACCAAACUCAAGGAGCAGUACAAAAAGGAACGCAAGGGGAAAAAGGGGGUGAAGAGACCCAACCGAUCGAAACUGCAGGACAUGCUGGCAAAUUUGCGAGAUGUGGAAGAUUUGCCCCCCAUGCAGCCUUCCGUGACCCCUCCCGCGCGACCCAGCAUCCCCCGGCUCAAUGAGCACGAACCCAACCACGCCGACGAGGUGGAAGCGAUGACGUUUCCCCCCACAUCAGGGAAGUCUUUCAUCAUGGGCGCUGACGAGGCCAUGGAGAGCGAAUUGGGCCUGGGGGAAUUGGCGGGCCUUACAGUCGCCAAUGAGGCCGAGUCUCUGACGUACGAUAUCACCAACAACAAGGACGCGCUGAGGAAGACGUGGAACCCCAAGUUCACGUUGCGGAGCCACUUUGACGGGAUCCGGGGGCUUGCUUUCCACCCCGUGGAGCCCGUGUUGGUCACGGCAUCGGAGGACCACACCCUCAAAAUGUGGAACCUGCAGAAAACCGCCCCUGCAAAAAAGAGUGCCUCCCUAGAUGUGGAGCCUAUUUAUACAUUCAGGGCUCACAGGGGUUCAGUGCUGUGUGUGGUUAUGAGCACCAGUGGAGAGCAGUGUUUUAGUGGUGGGAUUGAUGGGACAAUUCAGAGCUGGAAUACUCCAAACCCUAACAUUGAUCCCUACGACUCAUACGAGCCGUCGGUGCUGCGGGGAGCACUGUGUGGCCACACAGACGCGGUGUGGGGGCUGGUGUACAGCGCUGCUCACCAGCGCCUCCUCUCCUGCUCCGCUGACGGCACCAUCAGGCUCUGGAAUGCUGCCGACACCUCGCCAGCUCUUUCCAUCUUCAACGAGAACAGAGAACUUGGAAUUCCUUCGUCCGUAGACCUGGUCUGCAGUGAGCCCGCGCAUAUGGUUUCAUCCUUCAACAGUGGCCAGACUGGGAUCUUCAACAUGGAGACUCGGCAGCUUGUGCUGAGCCUGGAGGCAGCUACUGAUGGCGACACUCCUUGUCAGAUAAACAAAGUGCUGAGUCACCCUACCCUCCCCAUCACCAUUACAGCCCAGGAAGACAGACACAUCAAGUUCUUUGACAACAACACAGGAAAACUAAUCCAUUCAAUGGUGGCCCAUUUAGAUGCAGUUACAAGCUUAGCUGUUGAUCCCAAUGGACUGUAUCUGAUGUCUGGCAGCCACGACUGCUCAAUCCGUCUGUGGAACCUAGAGAGCAAGACCUGUAUCCAGGAGUUCACGGCGCAUCGUAAGAAGUUUGACGAGUCGAUCCAUGAUGUGGCGUUCCACCCAUCCAAGUGUUUCAUUGCCAGCGCUGGAGCCGAUGCCCUGGCUAAGGUCUUCGUAUGACACAGAGCUCCCUUCACCCUCUCCGGCCCGCCACACACUAACCAGCUAGACCACACAACCGGAACCAAUGGAGAGGAAGUAGGGGCGGGGCUUAAAGGUGCGAUGCCGUCCGCCCAGCCAAUCAGCUCCGUCCUUCCCAGCUCCCUGCUGGCUCUGCUGGUGGACUCUCUGAGACUAGCUCUGGUUCGUCCCCAGCUACAGGCGCAAGGGGCCCGGCAGGGUACGUUGCCCAUAACGGCAGAGCUGCUUCCUCAGAGCUGCGCUCUACAUCCACACAUCCAGGCAGGCCUGGGUGGAACCGGGCAUGUGUAAAUGAGGGAGAAGAUAGGAAGAAACGAGCUGAUCUCGAUUGCAAACGAGGGGGCGAGGCGAGAUUUAUCCUUCAGGGUUCCUCAAAGCGCAAGGGUGGGAAGGAUGACAGGAGGGGGGGGUCAGGCGUCCCCAAGGUGGUUUCGUAUUGCGUGCUUCUUUUCAUGACUUCAAGCUCUUUUUUCCCCCCUCCCCCAUGGUGACGCAGUUCUUUUUUGAAGCAAGUGUUCUGUUGCAAAGACACCUGCGGAAGGCACACGACAGCUGUCAAGGAGAUACGAUCUCCCAUCUACUUCCAAGACAGUUUUGUCUGCCUUUGCUGUUGAUCUUGAAGCUUCAUGGAAAUGUGCCUUUGCUUCAAAACAGAGCCCCAAGUACGGUAUAUAUACAUAGUUUUACCUACGUUUUUUUUUCUUGGGGGGGAAGGGGAAUUUCAGCGGAGUCUGUUUUUAAAAGAUAUUGGAUGUAAGAAUCAAAAUAAUAAAACAAAAAACAUAUAUCCCAUCUUAAACCUCGCAAGACAGUCUGAAUUCAUUUGUUGUUUUUGUUUUUUGCUUUUCAUUGAUGGAAGCAUAUUCAUAAUCCUAAAAAUCCAGCAGGACAGUUCAGUAUGAGCCCAGGAACCGAUUGCGUUGAGCAAGUCCAUUCAAAAGUGUGACAGCAGAGAGUGCCCUGAUUGAAGUACUGCAGGAUCAUCAGGACCAAAAUCCAAAGCAAACACUUGUGAAAUUCUUGUCUUUAUUUCUUAUAUGGAAGUGUGCUAUGGCUAUACUUUAGAAUACUAAAGCACAAUGGAUUGGCACUCUCUCCAGGGGUUUCCAGCUGUGCUCCUGGAAGGCUGUUGUGUCUGCAGGUCUAUUAAAUCCCUGAAACAGCUGGAGACCCUGUCACAUUGGUCUAAUCCGAGCAGGAAGAAAGCUUGCAGAUAAACCAGCUUUCAAGAACCAUGAUUAGAGACCCCUGAGGGACCCCUGAGGUUCACAACUGACAACCCACUGAAGCUAAGCAGGUGUGAGCCUGGUCAGUACCUGGAUGGGAGACCUCCUGGGAAAAAC